AUGCAGGCAUUUGCUGAAUUCUAUAAUGUCUCUAUAGACGGAGUAGAUCUUGUUUUGAUCUUUUUGGAACCAAAAACUUCAGACAAACGCUUGAUUAUGAAUGAUAAAUUGCUUUCAGAUGUGGAGAUUUUAGAUCGUUAUAUAAAAGAACUUUCUUUGGAAAUUAAUUUUGAGGGGCUUUCUGAAGGAAAUAAUAAUAGUCAAAGAGUUGUUCGCUUAAAGGAUUUUGAGGUUUUUUCAAUAAUUUAUAUGCUUAAAUAA